CUCCAGUCCCGUUCGUCUCCCUUCUCCACACCUCAACGCUGCUUCCCUCAGUCCCCGCCUCUCAAUUUCCUCCUGAGAAAUCAAGACACUUCUCUCACGCCUGCUCUCUAGACCUCCGCCCCCCUAUCAGUCCCGCCUUCUCUUCCGCAAGCCAGAUCCGUCCUCCCCUCUCGCAGGCCAGACCCCGACGUCUCUCUCGCCCGGGCCCGUUUCCCGAAACCGUCGAUCGUACCAGUCCAUAAGGCUGAAGUAGUCUCGAGUGGGGUCAGGUGCCUGCAGCGCUCGGCACUGUGGGCAGAAAAACCUGUCCUCCCGCCUGGGGCCCCAUGGGCCGCCGCAGUUCCAACAGCGGGGAUAAUUGCUUCCCGCCUGCGACGCAGCAUCACAGCUUAGCGGUCUCCUUCUUGGAACCCCUGUCGGCCAAAACCCCCACACUCGGAGCAAAGCCCCGGCUCUCCCCCGCCACAUCUGGCCGGCGGCCUAUCUAGCCGUGGUCACUCGUGGGGAAAAGCAAAGAGAGCGUCCAACAAGACUAAUGCUGCUGAUUGGCUGGGGAGUCGAGGGGGCGGGAUCACCCGAGGGGAACCCGGGUCCUAAGUUCCUCUCUGCCUUCUAAACUACAACUCCCAGAAAGCAUUGAGGCGACGCCUGACGGCCACAUCUGCUGCUCCUCAUUGGUCCGGCGGCAGGGGAGGGGGUUUUGAUUGGCUGAGGGUGGAGUUUGUAUCUGCAGGUUUAGCGCCACUCUGCUGGCUGAGGCUGCGGAGAGUGUGCGGCUCCAGGUGGGCUCACGCGGUCGUGAUGUCUCGGGAGUCGGAUGUUGAGGCUCAGCAGUCCCAUGGCAGCAGUGCCUGUUCACAGCCCCAUGGCAGUGUUACCCAGUCCCAAGGCUCCUCCUCACAAUCCCAGGGCAUAUCCAGCUCCUCUACCAGCACGAUGCCAAACUCCAGCCAGUCCUCUCACUCCAGCUCUGGGACACUGAGCUCCUUAGAGACAGUGUCCACUCAGGAACUCUAUUCUAUUCCUGAGGACCAAGAACCUGAGGACCAAGAACCUGAGGAGCCUGCCCCUGCCCCCUGGGCUCGAUUAUGGGCCCUUCAGGAUGGAUUUGCCAAUCUUGAAUGUGUGAAUGACAACUACUGGUUUGGGAGGGACAAAAGCUGUGAAUAUUGCUUUGAUGAACCACUGCUGAAAAGAACAGAUAAAUACCGGACGUAUAGCAAGAAACACUUUCGGAUUUUCAGGGAAGUGGGUCCUAAAAACUCUUACAUUGCAUACAUAGAAGAUCACAGUGGCAAUGGAACCUUUGUAAAUACAGAGCUUGUAGGGAAAGGAAAACGCCGUCCUUUGAAUAACAAUUCUGAAAUUGCACUUUCACUAAGCAGAAAUAAAGAGAAAAUACUUAAAAUCUACUCUCUCAGCUGAUUUUCAAAAAUAUGCCGGGGCGCGGUGGCUCAUGUCUUUAAUCCCAGCACUUUGGGAGGCCAAGGCGGGCGGAUCACCUGAGUUUUUGUCUUUUUUGAUCUGACAGUAGAUGAUCAGUCAGUUUAUCCUAAGGCAUUAAGAGAUGAAUACAUCAUGUCAAAAACUCUUGGAAGUGGUGCCUGUGGAGAGGUAAAGCUGGCUUUCGAGAGGAAAACAUGUAAGAAAGUAGCCAUAAAGAUCAUCAGCAAAAGGAAGUUUGCUAUUGGUUCAGCAAGAGAGACAGACCCAGCUCUCAAUGUUGAAACAGAAAUAGAAAUUUUGAAAAAGCUAAAUCAUCCUUGCAUCAUCAAGAUUAAAAACUUUUUUGAUGCAGAAGAUUAUUAUAUUGUUUUGGAAUUGAUGGAAGGGGGAGAACUGUUUGACAAAGUGGUGGGGAAUAAACGCCUAAAAGAAGCUACCUGCAAGCUCUAUUUUUACCAGAUGCUCUUGGCUGUGCAGUACCUUCAUGAAAACGGUAUUAUACACCGUGACUUAAAGCCAGAGAAUGUUUUACUGUCAUCUCAAGAAGAGGACUGUCUUAUAAAGAUUACUGAUUUUGGGCACUCCAAGAUUUUGGGAGAGACCUCUCUCAUGAGAACCUUAUGUGGAACCCCCACCUACUUGGCUCCUGAAGUUCUUGUUUCUGUUGGGACUGCUGGGUAUAACCGUGCUGUGGACUGCUGGAGUUUAGGAGUUAUUCUUUUUAUCUGCCUUAGUGGAUAUCCACCUUUCUCUGAGCAUAGGACUCAAGUGUCACUGAAGGAUCAGAUCACCAGUGGAAAAUACAACUUCAUUCCUGAAGUCUGGGCAGAAGUCUCAGAGAAAGCUCUGGACCUUGUCAAGAAGUUGUUGGUAGUGGAUCCAAAGGCACGUUUUACGACAGAAGAAGCCUUAAGACACCCGUGGCUUCAGGAUGAAGACAUGAAGAGAAAGUUUCAAGAUCUUCUGUCUGAGGAAAAUGAAUCCACAGCUCUAGUCCAGGUUCUAGCCCAGCCUUCUACUAGUCGAAAGCGGCCCCGUGAAGGGGAAGCCGAGGGUGCCGAGACCACAAAGCGCCCGGCUGUGUGUGCUGCUGUGUUGUGAACUCCGUGGUUUGAACAUGAAAGAAAUGUACCUUUUUUCACUCUGUCAUCUUUCUUUUCUUUGAGUCUGUUUUUUUAUAGUUUGUAUUUUAAUUAUGGGAAUAAUUGCUUUUUGACAGUCACUGAUGUAUAAUUAAAAACCUAAUGGAACUUGG